CAGUAUCUUAGCUAUUCUGUGACUGCACUCUUCUGGACAGAGACCUCCAAUGUUGUACCUGGAGUCGACUGGAGCCAUUGGGGGACUUACAGCUCGCAAUGCUCAUAUUACCACUAGAACUACUUCAGAUGGUUUUAGCUGGUGUUUUCUCUGGGGUGGAAUGAUUGUACAGCGUACUUGAAUUUUUUAAGUCAUUAAUUACUUUAAUGACUUUACAAAACAAGACAUGUGUGAACAUGUUGAAUUCAUUUUGGAUUUUCUCUCAUUUUUUUAAGAAGUGUUGCUAAAGGUUCUAUUGGCCUAUUGACCUCUCACUAGAGACUACAACUGGUAGUUUCUCUUUGCAGCAUUAAAAAUAAUUUACUUGACAGCAUUCAUUCGUCUGACAGUCCAAGAAACUUUGUGAAGAUCUAAGAGGAAGAUUUACACAAGUAGGGAAGGUUUCUUGAAUCUGUCUCUAAAAAAAAAAUCAAGAACAAUAAAAAAGAAAGUGAAAGUAACACUAUGAUAAGAAAUGUGAAAGUAGCAGUAGCAUGAAUGACCUCUGUCUGCCCGCACUGCAGUCAAACUGUCCAGAGCCACACAGGAGAAGCAAUAGGAGCACAAAAGUCUCGACCUGUAAACACUCCAACAAUUUUAAGUGAAGAAUGGAGGAAAAUACAGUGGACUGGCAAAACCAAUGAUAUCCAGUACAUAAAUAAUUACCAGCCUCAUAACUCUGAGCUCCAGCUCCUCAGAAUUCUUCUUCAUGGACCCGUUGGUGCCGGCAAGUCCAGCUUCAUCAACUCAGUUGACACUCUUUUACGAGGCAGAAUGACCACUCAAGCUUUGGCAGAUGCAACUUCUGGAACAAGCUUCACUAAGAAAUUCAAUCCUGAAUCUUCGUUAUCCGAACAUGACAACAAAGUGCCCACUCUAAAUGACAAAGUUCAUGUUUUAGUGUCUGUGAUCGAUGCCAACAAAAUAAAACUUAUGAGUGAUGAUAUAAUAAAACAGAUGAGGGAUGUCAGACUUGCAGCCAGUGACAUGGGAAUUCCCCAAAUGUUAAUUCUCACCAAAAUUGAUGAAGCCUGUCCAGAAGUCAAAGGAAAUAUAAGAAAUGUGUAUAAGAGCUCCCACUUGAAGGAACAGACAGUCAGUGUGUAUCUGGGUAUUCCACUGUACUGCAUCUUUCCUGUCAAGAACUACCACUCUGAGAUCCAAACAGAUGAUGACGUCGACACACUGAUACUGGCUGCUCUGAAGCAGAUGAUCGACUUUGGAGAGGACUACGUCAACAACUGUAGACCUGCUGACCCACCUUCUUUAUUGCUGUACUAAAAUGACUUUUGGGUCUGAACAGGGAUGUCAGAGUAAUUCUUUGCAUGCUGAUUUUUAUUUCCUUGGCUAAAGCAUUUACCCUUAGACUAGAAACUCUUCAGGUCUUUUUUUUUUUUGCUUGCAUGACAAAGUUUCUGUGUUUACUUUGUAGACUGGGCUUUCAGUUUUUGUGUUUUGCUCUUGUAUCUAUCAACCUUUGAACAGACAUCUAAUUGUGUAAGAAAACUAUACUGCUUUCAUAUUAUACUUCUUGUAGUUUUUAAUAUUAUUUUUCAUAUUAAGAGAUUAAGAGAUUUCUCUUGUCCUUUUGUUUAAUAAAAACAAAACUGAAUUCUGCAUCUCCCCUGAAGAGUAGUGGUGAAGACACCAACUACUUACCAAGUGGCAGUAAAACUGUGAAAAACGGAAACAGAUCCUAGCAGACUGGGUAUCCCGUGGCUGUGCUGACACAGUUGUAAAAUUGUGAUCUGUUGCUGAGAUGUGUUUGUGUCAUUUUCAUGGGAUUCGGGGCCCCAUUAAAAAAAAUAUCACUUUGGGCCGAGCCAUCCCAGCCCCUAAAAAUAUUACACUGUGCAGACAUGGAUCAAUAAUGCUGAUUAGAUAAAUUUAUUUUUUGAUUUUGUGCAAGAUUGGUGAGAUAUGUGCAAGCCUUUUUUUUUUUACAUUUGUAUGUUUUUAAUAAUAUUCUUUUAUUCAGUUCAUCAACUCUAUUGUCAGUAAUUUUCAUAAAUUUAUCUUUUUUACAUUAAUUGGCAUCUUACACUGAAUACAAAUGAAUAUAUGUUAAGUUUAUGAA